AUGUCGGUGGAAAAAUUGCGGCCAUCAAAGCCAAGAUAUGGCCAAGAAACUUUCCACCAUCAAACGGAUCUGGCUCAUGGCAUACCCGAUAAGGAUCGAAGCUUUGUGGACGCUGAGGUGGACGUUACCAGAGAUAUUGUCAGCAGAGAGAGGGUCGGAGGACCAGAACAACUAUUCCUCCAGAGCACUGGAAAGAAUUUCUCCAAGAACAUCUUUGCCAUCCUGCAGUCAGUGAAAGCCAGAGAAGAAGGGCGAGCACCAGAGCAGAGACCAACACAGAACACUACUCAAGUGGACCCCUCCUUAGGAACAAGCAGCCUGUCCCAGCUGCCUACAACAGAUACGAUCAGGAGCGGUUCAAAGGAAAAGAGGAAACGGAGGGUUUUCAAGAUCGAUACCAUGGGCACCUACCACGGCAUGACCCUGAAGUCAGUGACGGAAGGAGCAUCUGCUCGGAAGGCCCAGACCCCAGCGCUGCAGCCUGUCCCUCGUCCAGUUUCACAAGCCAGACCUCCACCAAAUCAGAAGAAAGGGUCCCGGACACACGUUAUCAUCCCUGCUGCCACCACCUCACUCAUCACAAUGCUCAAUGCUAAGGAUCUACUGCAGGAUCUAAAGUUUGUCACACCAGAAGAGAAGAAGAAGCAGGGUAUCCAGCGCGACAAUGAGGUUCUGCUUCAGAGGCGCAAAGACCAGAUCCAGCCCGGUGGUACAACACUGAGUGUCACUGUGCCGUACCGUAUCAUUGAUCAGCCGCUCAAACUGGCUCCACAGGACUGGGAUCGAGUGGUGGCUGUGUUUGUUCAGGGUCCUGCCUGGCAGUUUAAAGGCUGGCCAUGGCUGCUCCCCGAUGGAUCUCCUGUUGACAUUUUUGCUAAAAUUCGAGCCUUUCAUUUGAAGUAUGAUGAGGCAAAGACAGACCCCAACGUGCAGAAGUGGGAUGUGACCGUCCUGGAGCUGAGCCGCCACAGGCGCCAUCUGGACCGGCCCGUCUUCCUGCGCUUUUGGGAAACCCUCGACAGAUACAUGGUGAAACACAAAUCUCACCUCCGGUUCUGAGCCCAGAUCACAGCGUCCAUCUCCAAAAUUCCUUCAAAAGAAUUCUUCAACCCUCCAGCUUUCCUCGGAGUCCACCUCUUGCACAUGUAGCCCCUCACGUCGGAGCUGCCAUUCCAUCUUCUAACAUGAUCCCCAUUGCAACAGGAGAAGCAGGACACGUUAUCCAGCAGAUUCCUUGGGGACUCCUAAUGUAAUGUUCUGGACACUAGAGAGGAGAAUUCUGGGAUCUUUGUGUUUUUCUUGUAAUUAUUUUCUAAUGUUUUCGUUACAGUUAAAAAAAAAAAAAAGUUUUAUAUAAAAAGGGCAACAUACUGUAGAAACAAUUGAAAUGCGGUAUUAAGAAAGACAAUAGGGUCUGAGGGAGAGGAGAUUUUUUUUUUUUUUUUCCUUCAAUAGUCCAGAAAAAAAUAAUUGAAUUCAGCUAA